AUGCCUAAUUUAAUCUUUCUUAAUGUUAUCGUACGCAAAUCUAGCGCACUUAAACGAUCACCGGUACCAAGACUUUGGCCGCGUCAAUUGAUGAUGCAUUUAACUGAAUUUCGAAUAAAGACUGAAGCACAGGUGAUAAUUACAUUCGAUCAUUUACGUGGAAUGGUAAUGCCUCUUAUUCAACUCGAAAAAUUCACACUCGAUGUAAAACAGUGGAUUAGUAACGAGAAACAAUUUGUGAAAGGCGAUCAAAUAGAAAUGCUAUUUUCCCAAUUUAUGCCUCGACUUCGUCAAUUUCAUUGUUUCAUUCAGACAGCCCAUAAUAUCGAUAUGCAGACUUUUGCAACGCUAAGCAAACGUUGGCCUUUAGCAUGCAAAUUGAAAUCGAAUGGUUUAUGUCAAUAUUUGUACACAAUUCCAUGGUCAUUCGAACAACUUGACAUAUCGAUGUUGGCGGAUGAUGAUACAAUUAGUAUUUGUCCGAAUAUUCGAUAUCUAACUGUUGAUGUACCAUGUACAGAUUUAUCACGACGUUUUCCAAAUAUUCAUACACUCAAUGUUCUGGUCGAAUACAAUAUCUCUGGUAAUGACCAUGAGAAAUUUCGUCGACUUCGUCAUUUGAAAACAACUAAUAUUAAUAUGAUUUCGUUUCUUCCGACAAAACGUAUUCAAACAUUGACUUUACUUGAACGAUUCAAAUUUUUGAAAGAUACAAUAAUUUAUUCCAAUGUAUUACAUUUGAUAUUGGAAAAGAAUAAAAUAAAGUCGUUGAAUACUGUCAUCAAGCUUGUUAAAUGCUUUCCCAAUCUUCGUUCACUCAAAAUUCAACUUAAAAACACUGAUGAAUACUACAAUUGUCUUGAUGUGUUGCUUGAUGGUGAACAUUUGCCACAUCUAUGGCUUUUCAAAACAAAUUGGAUUAGUCGAUUCGGCUACUGUUCGAAAAUAUCAGUAUGGAUAUCUGCCAACACACCUUUGAGAUGGAGAUCGACUCCAUUUUAUGGAUAUUGUGAUUAUAAUGAAUUAACUAUUUGCCUGUGA